AUGCGAGCGGGCACUAGUUUGGGCGUCUCGUCGUCUUCCUGCUCCUCGUCAAGCAGUGGACCUUUCCAUUAUCGAGGCCGCUAUGUUUGUCCACCACGUUUGAUCCCCCGUUUGCCAAACUGCACCCGGGCUACGUCCUCCGCCUUUGCGACGCCAUCUUCAUGUGGCUUUGAUGUUGACCGUACAAGUACAACUAGGCGACCGGUAUCAGAUAAACGCUGUCCUGUGCUAUCGCGAGCGGCCCGGACGACAAGGUGUACCACCCGUGCAACCAGGUUCUUUGCCACCGUGGAAUAUCCGAAGCAGUCGGAGGUCGACCCUCGGGUUCGCUACCCAAAGCAGUAUUUGGACGUGCAUGCGUUCAAGCGGCGGCUUACCGAGAAAAAGCAGGAGCUGUCCCGGGCCGAAGUGUCCGCGGUGCGACGGGAAUACGCAAAGCCGCCGCCCGAAGGCUGGGACGUGCGGCGGUUCCUGAAAGCCAUCCCAGACCUGUUCAAGGAGGAUGAGAAUCAGUUGGAAGAGGUGGCAGCAUUGUUCGACCCCCCGCACGGGUCUUGGGCAGACUUCGCCUCCAUGGAUCAGAAAGAGGUAUAGACAAGUUUAAAAAUAUUUUCGUCGUACUAAUAUGUCCUCGAACUCGAUAGUCAUAGUUUUGAAACCUGAGUUACAACCACUUGCGUUGGGUGCAAGUAGUACGCGAAUCAAUAAAAGUACUCCCUCGAGACAGAUCCAGAUUCUGCGCUGCUCCUUCGGGUGAACGAUGGUAGGAGCAUCGGGUAUUCAAUAGGGUAUCCGGGUAGACCAGGGCCCCUGCUCAGACCAGGGCCCCUGGGACCAGGGCCCCCAGGACCAGGCCCCCCAGGACCAGGGCCCCUACGGACCGGGGCCCCUACGGACUGAACGGCGUCCCGGAAAAAUCUGGCACACGGCGAGGCGCGGCCGGAACCGGAGCUGUCUGCCAGCGUAUCUGGGCCACCAAGUAUGCGUGUCAUGUAAGUCCUAGCAUCGGGCCAGGAGGUGGAAGAAGGCAGGCCACACGUAAUACGUGACGCAGUCUGCUGACUACCCAGAGCAUCUCUUUCGCUUUCUAUAUAAUUCCUCGACACGCGUCACAAGUUCUUAGUUGUGCAGACCCAGAUCUAUUUACAAUGCGACGGGCGCCGUUUGUAUUCGAAAUGUUUCCCAGCAAAAGCACUGCUUGAGUGGACAGGGAUGCAGCUCAAAGUGCUAACGAGAGACAUCUCAAAUUGUCACCAUGAAAGUCGAGCUGUGCUUUUUUUGUACGUAGAGGGACGCCCCAACUCUUCCAGAUCCAGACGCCGGCACACCAGAUUCCGGGACGCCAGAUUCUGAGACACGACUGGGGCCCCAGUCCGUAGGGGCCCCAGUCCGUAAGGGCCCCAGCCCCUAGGGGCCCUGGUCCUAGGGGCCCUGGUCCUGGGGGCCCUGGUCCUGGGGGCCCUGGUCCCAGGGGCCCUGGUCUACACCUUUACCAUUCAAUAGGCCUAAGAACUACUGGAGCACGGUAAAAAACGACAAGUAGCCCCUGCGUAGGAAACUAUGAUAUCUGACAAAAAAAGGUGAUGCGCAUCCCGGGGCUGACCGGUGCGCAGCGGCGGAAGUAUGACCCACUCAGACAUUACAAUCUCAACUGUUACAAUAGAAUUUGGAUUUUGUGCUGCAAGAAGCAAGUGUAUGAUCUAGCCAACUCGCACAGGGUUGCGCAUGACAAGUUCUGGAGUGCCAAACCGCACUAGAAUCAUCUGGCGAAAUUUGUAUUGCGAAAAGCGCAAGACUCUGUACGUUCCUCAUUCUCUGCAUGCAAGGCAGGUUCCAGAUUCUAUUGGUAACGUUUGAGAUUGUAACACCUGAGCAGGUUAUAGGAAGUUGAUCCAUUUUCUGACCGAAUUUAACCACGGCAUGUUUCCCAAAGAAGUGUAUUCCGAGAACCAGCUUUCUGUGUUUGCCGGCCGCAAGUACGCGAAAGAGGGACUUCCCUGGACGGACGAGAUGGACGACGCGCUAAAAGCGUCGUGCGACUUAUGCAUUGCAAAACCAUCCUCGUACGUACGUAGUCUACGUACAAAAUAACGGCAGUAGAAAGUUUUCUCAACUUCGGAAUUAUUGUGUGUAAUCUUCAAUGCAGCUGCUAAAUCGAUGACUACAAGUACGAUACGAGUGUCAACAGAAUACCACUAUUGGGACGUAAACUUCGGGGACCCUUGGAUCUACAUCAGCAACCACUGUGAGCGGCCGGCGCGGGAGGUGAAGGAGCGGUGGCUGGAGAUUGUGAAAAAGCCCCAGCAGAGACGGCAGCGCUGCGAGCUGACGCUGUCGGAUUCGAUGAAGCCCCUGUUGAUGAACCGGCAUUUUCGGAUGCUACCCCCGACAUUAUUUUUAGUUCCCUCGAAGAAGAAUUUUCCGUUGGCAAGGCUACCGAAAAGUCUAGUCGGAGACGAAGUUACAGCUGGAAUAAAGGCGGGACGAGAAACUGGUCGCGGGGACGAGGAGGAAGCAUCAACAUUCGACAUGGAUAAGCUGCUCCCGAAAAACCUGCGGUCCUACCGCGACGGGAACAAUUUUGGCGAUGGGAAAAAGAUCACCUCUGAAGCUGUGCAUGAGUAGAAGACGGAUGAUAGUCUUCAACUGGGAGGUAUCGAGGUCGGUUCUACGUCUACCGCAUUUGCUUUAUCUUCAGCUGCGGGUGUGUAGUGCCAAGAAGACGCUGCAUGCGUAAAGUUUUCAAAGUCCAUCACGAUCUUUCAUGCUUGAGAAUAAAGAUUUUAGCGGUUGUGCACCGACUGUGAAUGAUUUACGUUUUCAAAAAUGAACGCUCGCGAGCAGCUGCAUUGAUUUCCGGAAGUGGCGGGCCAUAGCCCAUUCCCACGGCACGUCCGUCCUUCUCAGCUCGACAAGAGCCGGACGCAGACAGACGUUUCCAAAGAAGUGGAUAAAAAUUUUGGACUGCGACGUCGAAAUGCAUAGAAACUGGCUGCAAUUUUCAGAAUCAGAAUUCAACAGCCUUGC